AUGGAUCAAAUCAACUUUAACGAGGAGCGGAUGAAAGUAGGAAACAAGAACGCAGAAGAUGAGGAAAUAAAGAGACAGAACAUGAUGGAGGCGAGGAGGAUAACGCUGAGGUCAAUACUGACCGUGGAGGCGCAGGAGAGACUGAACAGAAUAUCGAGCGUGAAGCCGGAAAAGGCGACCUUGAUCGAGAAUUACGUGCUCCAGAAGUACUCGAGGACGCCAACGAAAAUAUCAGACGAGCAGCUAAAGCAACUGAUAGAGGCCAUCACGAAAUCGCAAGCUAACACAUCAACAAUAAGAAUUCAAAGGAAAAAAUGGGACAGUGAUGAAGAAUACUGA